GCGUUUCGAGUUUCCAAUGAAGACGUCUUGCAUCCUCCUGGCCGUCCUGCUGGUCUCGCUGCACGGCGGCGCCCUCUCCAAGGUGGCUUACACGUUUCCCGAGUUCCAGUACAAGGAGACCGGCAAGAACGAUGUGAUGUUCAGGGAAGUGGAGGCGGCUUGUCAGAGGGGCUGUUACGGGAAGGCCGGAGUCUCCAAAGUCCUGUGCGUGCGACAAUGCGUGUCGCCUUCUUGUUACAAGGAAAUUUACUUGCAGGAUUUAUUAGAGGAAGGAGAGGUGGAUGUAAGACUAAACUCGUUCAAAGGAUGUUUUAUUCAACGAUACAACAGAUCUCGUCCAUAACCUGGCUAAAACACUGA